UCAGGACUCAUGGCAGCCGCCGCGGCAGCUCCCCAGGGGCGCCGGUGUUUACUCCUGCGAACCCUCUUCCGAGGCCAGCUUGGCAUCAGAGGCUGCCGUUCCGGGGUGCCUGUGAGGCAGCAGCAGCAGCAGGCGCUUCGAGUUCCCUCCGCCUCGGCUGAGGAGAUUACAAAAAGAAAAGGAUUCCUAAGUGAACAUGCAGCCCCUUUCUCUGCUUUCUUGACUGACCAGUUUGGUCGCCAGCACAACUACCUGAGGAUCUCCCUCACUGAGAAAUGCAACCUCAGAUCUCAACUGCGAAAGCUAGAAGGGUUACAAACCAUCGCUGUCACAAGCAAUGGGAUCAAUUUGGCCCGACUGUUACCCCGGUUGAAGGAGGCUGGCCUGAAUGCCAUUAACGUUAGCUUGGACACAUUGGUCCCAGCCAAGUACGAAUUCAUUGUACGUCGGAAAGGAUUCCACAAGGUAAUGGAAGGGAUCCACAAAGCCAUUGAACUUGGAUAUGAUCCUCUUAAGGUGAAUUGUGUGGUUAUGAGAGGCCUCAAUGAAGAUGAACUGGUGGAUUUUGUGGCUCUUACAGAGAAGCAGCCCCUGGAUGUACGUUUCAUAGAGUACAUGCCCUUCGAUGGCAAUAAAUGGAACUUCAAGAAAAUGGUGAGCUACAAGGAGAUGUUGGAUACAAUAAAGCAAAGAUGGCCAGCGUUGGAAAAGCUGCCUUGUGAAGCCUCUAGCACUGCCAAGGCGUACAAGGUGCCAAAUUUUCAGGGACAAGUCAGCUUCAUCACCUCCAUGUCUGAGCACUUCUGUGGCUCCUGUAAUCGUCUGAGGAUUACAGCUGAUGGUAACUUGAAGGUGUGCCUUUUUGGAAAUUCAGAAGUGUCCUUGCGGGAUUAUCUACGCUCCAAUGCCACAAAAGAAGAAUUGGUUCAAAUCAUUGGUGCGGCUGUUGGCAGGAAAAAGAAACAACAUGCUGGCAUGCUCAACAUUUCUCAGAUGAAGAACAGACCAAUGAUCCUCAUCGGUGGGUGACCAGUGA